CAGCCAUGCAGCAGGUCCUGGAUAACCUUACUGAUCUGCCGACAUCGACAGGUGCUGAAGAAAUAGACCUGAUUUUUCUUAAAGGAAUUAUGGAAAACCCUAUUGUAAGAUCACUUGCUAAGGCUCAUGAGCGACUGGAAGAUUCUAAACUCGAGGCUGUCAGUGACAACAACCUGGAGCUGGUGAAUGAAAUUCUUGAAGACAUCAGUCCCUUAAUAAAUAAAGAUGAAAAUAUUGCAGAAUUGGUUGGAAUACUCAAGGAGCCUCAUUUUCAGUCACUCUUGGAAGCACAUGAUAUUGUAGCUUCAAAAUGUUAUGAUUCCCCUCCUUCUAGCCCAGAAGUCAAUAAUUCUUCAGUGAAUAACCAGAUUGUUCCAGUAGAUGCUAUUCGUAUUCUUGGAAUUCACAAAAGAGCAGGAGAACCACUGGGUGUUACGUUUAGAGUUGAGAACAAUGAUCUGGUAAUAGCACGAAUUCUUCAUGGCGGAAUGAUAGAUCGACAAGGUCUUCUGCAUGUAGGUGACAUUAUUAAAGAGGUGAAUGGCCAUGAGGUUGGAAACAAUCCAAAAGAAUUGCAGGAACUGCUGAAAAAUAUUAGUGGCAGUGUCACUCUGAAGAUUCUUCCCAGCUACAGAGACACUGUUAUUCCUCAACAGGUUUUUGUGAAGUGUCAUUUUGAUUAUAAUCCAUAUAAUGACAACCUCAUCCCAUGCAAAGAAGCAGGCUUGAAAUUUUCUAAAGGAGAAAUUCUUCAGAUUGUAAACCGGGAAGAUCCAAAUUGGUGGCAGGCUAGUCAUGUCAAAGAAGGAGGAAGUGCAGGGCUUAUUCCUAGCCAGUUUUUGGAAGAGAAGAGAAAGGCCUUUGUUAGGAGGGACUGGGACAACUCGGGGCCUUUCUGCGGAACAAUAAGCAGCAAAAAAAAGAAAAAGAUGAUGUAUCUCACUACAAGAAAUGCAGAAUUUGAUCGUCAUGAAAUCCAGAUCUAUGAGGAAGUAGCCAAAAUGCCUCCUUUUCAGAGGAAAACUCUGGUCUUAAUUGGGGCCCAAGGAGUGGGGCGAAGAAGUUUGAAGAACAGGUUUAUAGUACUGAAUCCUACUAGGUUUGGAACUACAGUGCCAUUUACUUCACGAAAGCCAAGGGAUGAUGAAAAGGAUGGUCAAGCGUACAGAUUUGUGUCACGAGCUGAAAUGGAGAUGGAUAUUAAAGCUGGCAGAUAUUUAGAGCAUGGAGAAUACGAAGGAAACCUUUAUGGCACCAAAAUUGAUUCCAUCCUUGAAGUUGUUCAGACAGGAAGGACCUGCAUCUUGGACGUGAAUCCACAGGCCCUGAAAAUACUGAGGACUUCAGAAUUCAUGCCCUAUGUAGUGUUUAUUGCUGCUCCAGAGUUAGAGACACUGCGUGCUAUGCACAAAGCUGUGGUAGAUGCUGGAAUUACAACCAAACUUCUCACUGACACCGAUUUGAAAAAAACAGUGGAUGAAAGCGCACGGAUCCAGAGAGCGUACAACCACUACUUUGAUCUGACCAUUGUAAAUGACAACCUGGACAAAGCCUUCGAGAAGCUACAGGCUGCGAUCGAGAGACUGAGGCUGGAACCACAGUGGGUCCCCAUUAGCUGGGUAUAUUGAGAUUCCUCGAGAGGAGCUUAAGUAACAAAGAAAACCAACAGCAGCCAAUAUGCUAACGUGACGUUGUGUAGAUAGCGACAAUAACCUAUGGCACCUGUGCAUUUUUACUCUGUGUAUAUUCAAAAGUACACUAUUCUGAAUUUUUAUAAAAAUGUUGAAGGGGAAGUGUACUUAAAUAUGUAAUUUAUUUUAAUUUUUCUAACUUUUUACAGAUAACCUUUCUAUUCAUAUCACACGAAGGAAAUGCGUUUAAGCAUUUUUAUAUGUUUUGCUUUAGUACCUUUGCCUUUUUCAUCUAAGCAACUUUCAGUCAUUCACUUCAACAUUUACAUCUCGGUCUUACAUUUUCACUGUGAUUAAAAAAAGGAUACUUGAAACAAUUUUUGUAAAACUUGUCAACGUCAGUGUUUAACCGGUUAAAAGUCUAUAGCUCUUAUUAGGGUCUAUAGCUCUUACUAGGGUCUAUAGCUCUUAUUAGAAAAGAACACUAAUUUCGUUUUGUUUUUUUUCUUCCUUAAAAACCAAUUUCAUGGGAGCAGAAUUUUAAAUAUUAAAAGCAGCAACCAACACACAGCUCCAUUGCUCCAGCUUCUCUUGGCUUAAACUUGGUGCAUUCUUGAUGUUUCACAAAUUCUUGCUGUCUCUUGAUUUAGACAACUGUUGUGUAGGUUUCCUUACACGUGUCUCUUGAGUAACAUAAAGCAAAACCUUGCGAGCUGCUUAUAAGGCUGUUCCUGGGAGCCACCCUGUUAGCCCAUUACGGUUGAAGUACUGACGUUAGGAAGAUUGUACGCAAGGUAAUUCAGUGCAAUUUGAAUAAUGGUGAAGAAGCCGGAGAGAGAACGUGGAGCCUUGUAGAGUGACACUUAAUGUUUAGGACUAUUUAUUCACACUUGUGAAAACACAUUGCUUUAAAAAAAAAAAAAAAAAAAAAAAAAAGGCAUUUUCUUUUCUUAUGACGUUGUUUGGUAUUUGUAUAGCGAUCUGUGGCUUAAUUUUUUGUGAUAUCUAGCUGGGUUCUAUAUUAUCUUUUUGAAUAUUUGUGUGUGAUCAACUGCUGUAUUUUUAUAUGAGUGUGUUGUAAUGGAACUUCUGUGCUUUUUGUUACAUUGUUUUUAAUUGCAUUUUUCAUUAGGUAGCUUGUGAAUUGGAAGCCUACUGCUAAAAAGCAACGUUCUUUAUACCCUUUUGUUUUACAACAUCUUUCCUUUUGUUCAGUGACGGUCCUCCCCUCGGUGGGCUCAUUGAUACAAUUCCUAUUAGGUUCAGGUUCAUUGAUCAAAACUUAUGCUGAUGUAAAUUUCCGCUUAGCAAGAACAAAAUGAAAAUAUAGCUGGUCGCUAAGACUGGCUCUUUUUCUGACCUUAUUUUAUAUUGCAAUGUCAGCUGUUGUAGAUAGGGACAUUCACCAUCACUCACCAGGCUGGGUGUCUACACUGAAGUCAUCCAUUUGUUUAAUUUCUCUUCCAUCUGGUGACAGGCACCUGGCUUCUGAAUUCUUUUUCAAGACCAAAGUGUGGCACAGAAUGCUAUCAAAAGGCAACUUCCUCAGAACUGUUUCUGAAGGAAAAGAGGCUUUGACACUGUAAACCGGUAUUGCUUCCUGGGGCUCUUAAGGACUUUUAUGUGCACAAGGAAAAGAAGAAUGGACGAGAUGCAGUGUAGGAAAAGCGUAAGUCUCAAAAACCCUCAAAGCACCAGUAUGCUACAGGUGAUUGUUACAGAGCCUGUAAAGCUGGUUGUUGGGGGGGGAAAGGGGCAUGGGGGGGCUGAGAUCCCAGGGUAUGUGGAAAGCGUUAGUGGAAACUGUGUAUAGCACAGGUAUUGUGGCUGUCGAUACCGAGGUGUCAGCCUUUUAGAGGAAAUCUGAAAUUCUCUAAGGAAAAUUUGUACCACUACUUUGUUUCGUUCUUCUGCUUUUCAGGAUGUGUGUUCUCUGGCUUUGCUUUAAGUUGGGCAGAGCUUUUAAACGGGGCACCAGCACGAGAGUUUUAUUUUCCUUUCCCAGAAGACAAGUUCAGCGAUCCUGUCGCUCAGAGGCUGCUUUGAGAAACGGAUCAAGUGUUGUAUGUAGCAGCAAUGGCAGCAGAGCCAUCGCUUGGCUAUUUUAACGAUUUGCUGUUGGCACUAUAUGCUGAACAUGACUAAGCUGUGCUUGUAUACUGUGUAAUAGGAGACCUACAUAUGCUGUAAAUAAGAUGUGCUAUCUGGACAGGUAUGAUGAUGCCUUUUCAUUAGGAGUUAGGAAAUACUUGACUUGUCAUGCCAAAAGUGGGCUGAGCUCACUCUUCCCUAAUGAAUGGGAUGAGAAGAUUCUUCAGUUUCCACACGAUAGUCCUUUAUAUCGCGGAUAACACUUCUUUCCAUCUUUUUUUCCCCGUAAGUUUACUUAACCAAAUGAAACGCAUGGAAGAUGGGCACCAAGGUUUAGUCAGGAAAACCCCUCUGUUCCUUCUCUUCCCAUCCCAGAGAGAACACUGUCAAAAGAGCCUCCCUAGUUAGCAAUCUCCAAAUAGCCAUGCAUUUGAAAGCCUGAAGCUUCAGCUUUCGCUGCAGGCUCAUGUAGUGGUUUUAAAUCAAGCAGUCAGCACAGUGGGGCCUAGUGGCCGAUGAUUGGGUGGUGUUAAUGAAGUGCAAUUCUGAAGCAAAAAGAGAAGCUGGCGUGCUUAGGUUGUGAGCAGCGAUCGUGUCAAAGCAGCAGCGGGUUUUAAGUGGAUGUCCAUGGGCAGGUUGUAAGGGGGGAAAAAACACCCAACAACAAACCCAACCACCAUACUCCUUGCAUCUAUUCAUUCAAUCUUCAACAUGGAGAGUUGAGACUGGCAGCUGUAUCAUGGGGGGGGGGAACGGGACGGGACACGAUGGAUGACACGAUGGUGGGUUGCUUUUGUGGCAGUGGGGUUUGGUUUUCAGGAAAAUCAGAUUUUCACCAGAUAUUCUGCUUAGUUUGUCACUACCUGGUAGGAUGACUAGAAUGAGAGUGAUAAUUACUUUUUUUU